GGGCUUCCCAAGGUCACCGGGGCGCGGACGGUCGGACACCAGGCCGCAGUUCUGCGGGGCCGCGGCGCGUGCGGAGCAGUCCCCUGCCGCAGAUCGGCGCCCAGGCGCGCAACGGCCGCGCGGGGGCGCACGGUGCCGCCGCCCCUCUGGACCCCGGCCGGGGCGCGCCCUGGGAGGCCGGGUGGGAGGGGCCGUCCCGGGUUCCCCCCGCCCCUCCUCGCGGGCCCCGCGGCUUCCGCUCGCCCACGGGCAGCGCGGGGAACCUGGACGCGCCGCCUGGGCUCUACGUAGCCGGUCCCAUAGAAUCCUGGACUGUGCCCAGCUGGUCCCCACUGCACAGAUGGGGAAACUGAGGCGGGGGGAAGAGGAGCACCUGGCCCCCGGCCACACCGGAAGAGAUGAGAAGGGAGGCUCAGAGAGGUUGAGAUACUGUCCAAAAUCACACAGCCAGUCAGGGAAGAGCUGGGGUGCAACCCCUGGCCUGCUGGCCCCCCCACUGCUGCGCCCCCUCCUGUCCCCCAGACCCCGCCCACUCCAGAAUCUCCUGCUCCUGCUGUGGACCCUCCUGAACUGUGGUUUGGGGGGCAAUGCUCAGGGUCCGGGUGAGUGGACUCCAUGGGGUUCCUGGAGCCGCUGUUCUAGCUCUUGCGGGCGAGGGCUCUCCGUGCGCAGCCGGCAAUGCAUCCGGUUUCCCAGGGAAGAGCUGUGCCGGGGGGACACCCACGAGUACCGCCUCUGCCAGCUGCCCGAAUGUCCCCCAGGGGCCAUGCCCUUCCGAGACCUCCAAUGUGCCCUCUACAAUGGCCACCCUGUCCUGGGCACCCAGAAGACCUACCAAUGGGUGCCCUUCUAUGGUGCACCCAACCAGUGCGACCUCAACUGCCUGGCGGAGGGGCACGACUUCUAUCACAGCUUCGGCCGCGUGCUGGACGGUACCCCCUGCAGCCCGGGCACCCAGGGACUCUGCGUGGCUGGCCGCUGCCUCAGAGCCGGCUGUGACGGUUUGCUGGGUUCGGAUGCCCGCGAAGACCGCUGCGGCCGCUGCGGCGGCGCCAACGACUCGUGCCUCUUCGUGCAGCGCGUGUUCCGGGAUGCCGGUGCCUUCGCUGGGUACUGGAACGUGACCCUGAUCCCUGAGGGCGCCAGGCACAUCCGCGCCGCCCACCGGAGCCGGAACCACCUGGCGCUGAUGGGGGGCGACGGGCGCUACGUGUUCAACGGGAACUGGGCGGUCAGCCCUCCCGGGACCUACGAGGCAGCGGGCACCCACGUGGUCUACACCCGCGUCACAGGGUCAGAGGAGACGCUGCGCGCCGCCGGGCCCACCUCCGAAGACCUGCUCCUGCAGGUCCUCCUGCAGGAGCCCAACCCCGGCGUUGAGUUCGAGUUCUGGCUCCCCCGGGAGCGCUAUGGCCCCUUCCAGGCGCAGGCUCAGGCCCAGGGCUGGUCCCUGCGGCAGCCGCAGCCUCGGGAGGUAGAUCCUCAGUCCCCUGAGUCUCCCGCUGCCCCCACUGUUAUCCCCCCACGGACCCCAGGCCCCACCCCAGACCCCUGCCCACCCUGCCCUGACACCCGCGGUCGUGCCCACCGGCUGCUCCACUAUUGCGGCAGCGACUUUGUGUUCCGGGCCCGCGUGCUGGGCCGCGUCCGGCAGGCCCAGGAGACCCGAUAUGAGGUGCGCGUGCAGCUCAUCUACAAGAACCGCUCGCCACUGCGGGCCCUCGAGUAUGUGUGGGCGCCGAGCCGCUGCCCCUGCCCACCGCUGGCCCUCCAUCGGGACUACCUGCUGGCGGCCCGGCGCCUCAUCAGCCCCGAUGGCACUCAGGACUGGCUGCUGCUCCCCCAUGCUGGCUACGCCCGGCCCUGGAGCCCCGCCGAGGACAGCCGCGUGCGCCUGGCCGCCAGACGCUGCCCCCUCUGAGCCCCUGGACCAGACCUCGGCCACACAUGGCUGACCAGGCUCAAAGUCAGCAUAUUUCCCCUAUUGCCAUAGCUUCCAGGGAGCUCAGAACUAUCUCCCACCUGCAGCUCUGUGACUCCCCACCACACACACUCAGACACCCCUGCACUCAGUCAGAUCCACUGUCGGAAGCAGGCACGCACUGGUGAGGAUACACUAUAUGGACUCUUUAGCUCUGAUUUCCUCUCUCACCCUGGAAACUCAUAGUUAUUUUACUCUCAGA